CACUCUAACUUAUUGCACCAGUUCAGCAGUGCAGCUGAAAAGAACAGACCAAAAAAAGUGAGACAAUUAUAUUUUUUCUCACUCUAACUUAUUGCACCAGUUCAGCAGUGCAGUUGAAAAGAACAGACCAAAGAUAGAUAUUGCACAAAUUGGCGGGAAAAAGCAGAUCGUCUGUUAGAAAAUGUCUACCGUGUGAAGGUUUAUAAUUUUUUCUACAUGCACAAUAAACAUUAAAUCAAUAUGGGCAUUUUAGGAUUAUCAAAGUUAAUAGCUGAUAUAGCUCCAGAAGCUAUAAAAGAACGAGAGUUGAAACAUUAUUUUGGUCGCAAAAUAGCUAUCGAUGCGUCCAUGUGCUUGUAUCAAUUUCUCAUAGCUGUGCGCAGUGAAGGAGCUCAACUAACUACUGUAGAUGGUGAAACAACUAGUCACCUAAUGGGUACAUUUUAUCGUACUAUACGCUUGGUAGAACAAGGGAUAAAGCCUGUAUAUGUGUUUGAUGGAAAACCACCAAAUUUGAAGGGUGGGGAAUUAGCUAAAAGAGCUGAGAGAAGAGAUGAAGCACAAAAACUUUUGCAAGCUGCAGAGGAAGAUGGAGAUACAGAAGCUAUAGAUAAAUUUAACAGAAGAUUGGUCAAAGUGACAAAAACUCAUGCUGAAGAAGCUAAGCAAUUGCUUCAAUUAAUGGGGAUACCCUAUAUUGAUGCUCCUUGCGAAGCUGAAGCACAAUGUGCUGCUUUAGUUAAAGCUGGUAAAGUCUUUGCUACUGCUACAGAGGAUAUGGAUGCGCUCACUUUUGGCUGCAAUGUACUGCUUCGUCGUUUGACUUUUAGCGAGGCUAGAAAAUUGCCUGUACAAGAAAUUCACUUUGAUAAGGUUCUUGAAAGUUUGGAAUUGAAUCACAAUGAGUUCAUUGAUUUGUGCAUCAUGUUGGGUUGCGAUUAUACCAGCAGUAUCAAAGGUAUUGGGCCGAAGAGAGCAAUAGAAUUGAUAAAGAAUCACAGAUCUCUCGAGAAAAUAAUCGAAAAUAUAGAUACCAAGAAAUUUUCUGUGCCAGAGGAUUGGAAUUACAAAGAAGCAAGACUUUUGUUUCAAGAGCCAGAAAUAUCAAACGCUGAUGAUGUUGUGUUAAAGUGGUUCGAGCCGGAUGAAGAGGGUUUGGUGAAGUUCCUGUGCGGCGACAAGCAGUUCAACGAGGAGCGAGUUAGGAAUGGCUCCAAGAAACUUCACAAGGCUCGAAAUACGUCUACGCAAGGUAGACUCGAUUCGUUCUUCAAAGUUUUACCAAACUCUACUCCAACGAAGCGAAAGACAGAAGAGAAAAAGGCGCCAGCCAAAAAAGCCAAGGCAACGACUAACGUCAAAUUCCGUGGUAAACCGAAAUGAGAAUAAUGUCAUAAGAUUCAACGGGAAUGCUACUACAGUGCCAAUCCCGUAAAUUCUACUUACGUAAGAUGUACUUCCUCAAUUGUCUCGAAUUUUUAUCUCGAAUUUUAUCUCGCUUUGAUGCAUCUCUCGCAUUUAUAAAUUUUUACAUUGAAUUAUAUAGGUUAGAUGUAUUGAACGUCAUAAUUUUUUCUAUUUAUUUCGUAAAAUAUAUGUGUAAUAUUCACAAAAAAAUGUAUACUCCCUUACAUGAUAAAUUUCAUCGUAACAAGUGACAAAAGAGGCGAUUUUCUAUAAUCACGCAUAUUUUUAUAAAAAUUUUUCACAAUAACCUGAUUCUCGCAUUCGUUUCCUAUCAUUUAUCGUUGCAUUUUAUUGUCGUUAAUAUCUCUUUACUCUUAUUAACGGUUAUCAGCGAUAAUUUUGAAAAGAACAAACUAUUCGUUCGCGUUCGAUUUAUUUGUUAAUUGCAUUACGUUUGUCAGUCUUUAUUUCCGCACUGAAAAAGUUUUUUUAACUACUAGUUUUCUGUUUUGCCAUGAUGCGAGUGUCUGUUGAUAAUGUGCGGUGAUGAUUACACAGCAAUGUUUUACGCUAUGAUAUUACAUACAGAAGAAUAGUUUUUUAGUAUCAACGAUAAAAUAUCAUUUAAGCGUUAUAAUCGUACUACCGAUUGAAUUUGGGUCUAAAACAUGAAAUAACGCCCACUCAAAAUUACGCAGGGUGUAUACUCUGCCCACGAUCAGUUGCAAAUGACCUUCGUCGACUAGGUCGCAUAGGGCUCGCAGAUAUGCAACGUUCAAUUUCGCGCCUUCCUUCCAUUGAUGCAUGUUGAAUCCAAAAAUGUACUGCAAUUGAAAGUAUGUCUAGAUGUGAGCGAUCCAUCUUUGUUGAAUUACUUUAAAUUGCCGAUAUAUAAACGAAUUCAAGCGUACCUGAACUAAUAGUUUUACUCUGACGCAUCCCGCAAAUAUAGUUUCGCAUAUAAACCCUAACGAAUCCGACUUUAAUUGUUCGGGAACUGUAGAGACGUAGGAACCGUUAGGCUUCAAAUAUUUCUUCAGAAUGCGUUCUUCAAACGGUUGAUUAUUAUCGGUAUAAAAAAUUGCGUCAAAUCUACGACAAAAAUAUAAAUAUAAAUGUGACAUUGUGUGACUGAGAAUGUCGUAAUCUUGACCUAUCAUUAUAUUAGAUUUUCGUACCUAUCGCGUAAAUAACCUAAUUGUAGAUAUUGCUCAAUAUCUUUCUCGUCUAUAAUUAUGAUAUUGUCGGCGCCUAGUGUCUUCAUCACGGGCACCGCCUGUUCUUUGCAUGUGACUGUCACAUGACCACCCCAUAAUUUAAUUAGUUGCGUCAGGAUACAACCGACUGGAGUGCUCCCGCCGUGAAUAAAAACACUGUAACGACGUAACAUUAACAUGUCAAUUGGUGUCAUAGAUGAGAGUUUACAAAGAAAAAGCAAGAAUAAAUGUUAAGAACAUUA